AUGAUAUCUAAUGGCGACAUAAUUGCCAGCUUUUCUCCGCAUGCGAAGACAUUCGCUUUUAGAUCAAAUGGACUGCAAAGAAAAUACGUGGAUUUAUACCCAUUGCGUGAGGUCAGCGACUACCAAGUGACGAGUUCACAGGUGUACCAUAUUGAUUACGAGAGUGAUGACCUGCAGCUAAAAGAUUUGAAGUUAACGACGUGGUGCUCGGAAAAAAUGGCGGGUUCGAAAACCAAACGGAAAUUCCCAGAGUCCGAGUCGAGUGCCGGUGAACAGCCAGAAAAAGCCGAAAUAGCAGAGGAGUAUUUCGUAAAUAUAUUCACAGGCGGGAAAAUCGUUGUUUUCUCGCCCUCGGGCAAGGAAAUCGUCAACAUAAUAAAGAACAAACAGGAAAUUCUGGGCGUGGGAUCGUCGGGCGCCACGUUUUGGAUUCUCGACGCAGAUAAAACCAUCAAGCACUUUGACUAUCGGUCGUCAAAGCCUCUUAAAACUUUCCACCUUGUGGACGGUAAAAAUGACGAAAUCACAAAACUGCAAGUGCUGGAAUGGCAGGACAAAGUGCUGCUGGCCGUCUUCACUACAACCAACCUGUACAUCGUGGAUCCUUCGAAGAGGCGACCCUCCACGGUGGUCAACAUGGACCUUCCCAUGGGAAAGCACUGCAUUUUGGGCGCGGACGGUCAACUGAUUAUUGCAGCUCUAGACAGAAUACACGUAGUGGAACUGAAAACCGGGAAAAUCGUAUCGAAAUGGAAUUUUCAGGCUGCAGAGCUGAGGUACCAUGACGGCAAAGUAGUCGCACAGUCUAUUGACGGUUUAGUGUUUGUGUUCGAACUCGGCAGCCAAAGCGAGAUUUGUUCGAUCAAGUGUCAGCGCUCCAAGAUCAUCAGCUUCACGCUUGUGAAUUCCAGCAUAAUCAUUGCAUGGCUCAAUGUAAACGAGCCCAAAUUCGAGCAUUUAACUCUAAAGGAGAUGUUGGAGAGUCCCGAAAUUGUCUUCAAUCAAGAGAGUGAGACGAGCCCAGACAACGCGGAAGUCGCCGAGGCCGAAUUCAAUACAGACUCUACCAAAACUUCUCAGAAGUCGAAGGCAAAGGUAAAAGAAGAGGAUAUAGUGGCAGAGCUUAUAGAGAGCUUGGACAGCAGUGAAGAUUCGAGCCGGACGUUCCAAAUUUUGGAUUCCAGCGCGUGGUCCGAAACUCUAAUCAAACAAGUUGUCGGUCUUGAGCUAUCAGACGUCAACAUACAGAGAGUUUUCCAUGUCCUGUCGCGUGCAAUUGCGCAAAACCCAUGGUCUACGAGCGGCAAUUGCUCGCUGUGGUUCAAGUGGCUGCUGACAUUGCGCCAUGACAAAAUCGCACCGGCUGACAAUCGUGCUAGCCAGAAAGGACUUAAGCAAAUGCGGUCAUCGCUGCGUCCCAGCAACGACGCCUACUCGCUUCUUCUAUCGAUAAAGGGCAAGCUUGAUAUGCUGAGCGAACAAGCAAAACUUCGUAAGGAAUUUGCGAGUAUUUCUUUGAACUCAGACGGCAGUAACAGCACUUAUAAAGAUAAAGACGAUGAAUUACUACAAGAGCAGGAACCUGUGUAUGUCAACGGAGAAGGCGAUGAGUACGUGGACGCUGUCGACUACGCUGAAGAGCGCGCUUCAAAAGCUAACGGCAACUGA